AUGGACCAAUUAAACGUUAAGGAACAACAAGAGUUUCAACAAAUUGUUGAACAAAAACAAAUGAAGGAUUUCAUGAGAUUAUACUCAAACUUGGUCUCCAAAUGUUUCGAUGAUUGUGUUAACGAUUUCACUUCAGCAAACUUGACCACCAAGGAAUCCUCAUGUAUCACCAAGUGUUCCGAAAAAUUCUUGAAGCACUCUGAAAGAGUCGGACAAAGAUUCCAAGAACAAAAGUACGUAUUAGUAGAGAAGAAUAGAAGAUGUGUUUAUUGGCAAAGGGAUGUCUUUUUAGUAUUUGCCAUUCGAUGGAUAGUAUAG